UGUUAUUUUGAUUUUGCGAAAACGAACUUCCGCGAGCCUUAAAAUGAGACGAUAAUGUCCUGUGUCCUACUUCGAUUUGAUCCUUUGUUUGACCCUUGUCUGUUCUACGUCGGAAGUCUGUCAUUGAAACACACUGUUUCUGUUUUGCGGAAGCUGGGACGAACUUUUUAUAUUUGUUCAAGUCUUAAAGGUGGCGAAGCUACCGAAACCGAAGUUAACGACAACGUAGUUAGCCAGCUCAGUCAUUUUGUUCUGGAGUGAAUAGCAAGAGAUCACUAUGGCUGACGUAGGUAACGUUUAUAAUCCGACAACUCAACCGGAUCAGGGUUCUAAAAAAUGGUUCGCAAUCCCGUCGGAACAUUUGGAUAUAAUUCGAUUUGGGAUUAAAUUUGCUGAAGUGGUCCUGUCCUUCCUGGCGUUUGUCUUGGAGGAGGUGGUGGCGGGUUGCACGUCCUGUACUCCGCUCUACUUCUUUGAGUUUGUCAGCUGCACAGCCUUCCUCUUCACCACCUUGCUGCUCGUCCUCCUCUCGACCGUCCUGUAUAAGAAAGUGGGCAUUAAUCGCUGGCCAACUGUGGACUUUGUGUACACCGGUGUCAUUCUCUUUUUCUUUGGGAUUGCUGCCAUUGUCUUUGCCUGUGUUAAUGGAGGAACUUCGGUGGAGAAGGCAGCUGUGGCUUUUGGCUUCCUUGCAACCAUUGCCUUUGCUGUGGACCUAGGGUAUUUUGGCAUGACUAAAGGUUUGCCUUUUGUGAAGAAGAGUUCCCAACCGACUGGGGAUCUGGAACAGCCAGAGGCGGAAAAACUCAGAGCCAAUGGAGCAGAAUAAGUCAGGAGGAACACACCGCCUCCUGCUGACUGCUCCACGCCAUUACUUUGGGAGUACAGAUUAUUCCUCCACCACAAAGCCUCUUCCCGAUUUAAGCCAGAAUGAAGACAGUUUCCACCUCUUUUCUGGUAUUCCACUUCUGAAACUUAACGUUCUUAUAAUUGAGUCCUUCUUUGUGCUGUUUGGUCACUGGAGCUGCAGGUAUGAGGUCCCAUAUAUUCUAGCACAGUUUUUUGAUGUAUGAUAUUACUAUUACGAUGAAUUGCAAUCAGUAUGUUGUAACCAAAAGUAAUCGGUUUUCAUGGUAAAUUCUUUGUUGUGGUGGGAGGAAUAAUUUGGCCAUUUCCAAAAACCGUAAUGAAUUUGAUGCUGAGGUAGUUUUAAUUGUGAUGAACACUUUGCAGCAUCUCCAGAUUUGGAAGGAUCCAAGUUUCAUACUCAAGUCUAGUUUAUUUUUAAGAGCCUGCAGUGUUCUUCACGGUUUACUUGCAGUUGAUGCUUCAUUCAGAUAUCUGUGAGGAAUAUCUGUGGGGAAACAGCCAUAUGAAAGAAAAUUUAAAUUUUCUUUUUAAAUAAUUAUUAUUGUUACUAAAAUCUUUUUUUAAAUUGUAAAGCUCUUGCACAAUACCAUCUCUUUUUACCUUACACCCAUUACUCAUUUUAAUUGGUGCCUUUAAUUUGAAUCCUGAAAUCACUUAUUACGGCACUAUUUAUUUUAAAUGCAUUGAAAUUAAGUUGCAACCUUGUUUUUAGUUAUUUUACAGUAGUAUGGUGUUGCUUUUUACAGCUCCAAGGCCAAUUUAUAGUGUUUAUAUUUCCUGAGGCGAUAUCAAAACAGCAAUUUGACAUUCCAGUCAGCAUUCCAGUGAUCCGCAUUUAUAUUGUAAAAAUUCUUUACAAGGCCGCCAGGUUUCUUCAUUCAUGUUUGUUUGUACUUUUAAACUGCGGUCAGCCUAUUACAUAUGAUGUGUGAUUGCAUAGAGAUGCUUUAAAUAAUAAAUGCCAGCUUAUAUCCCACACUUAACCUAGACGGUUAUAUAUGACGUAAUCCGAAAAGGUAGAUACACCUUCAUAUUUACAUUUUAUAUUGCCUGUUUCAAGAUGUCGUCUUGUGUUUUUUCAAGUUACAGUUGUCCGUCAAAUGAAAUGUCACUUACUUAUUUCAGGAUGAAAAGCCCUUGAUUGUUUUUCUGUUUUUGUGAAGGUCCAGCAGAAUCACAUAAAACGCACGUCUACAUAAAAAUUAAUGAAUUAAAUAAUAAACAGCAGAAAACCUACACACCGCAGCCAGAGACAUCCCUCAUGGAAUGUCAGUUAAUUAUUCAUUUUACAUACCAGUCAGCAAGAGCCUGUCGUAAGAGAAGUUAUAGGAACGUUUUGAAAUGCACCUAGUGAAUUAACACAUUUCAUGGUAGUAGGUUGACCCUGUCUGUUGGAGCCAACUAUUAAAGUUUUCGUUUUGCUUAGCUUUUUUAUAAAGUUUGUCUGAAUAAACUGAAGAGACUUAUCAUACCGGGUGCAGAUUGCUGCGUCUUGGGAAGUAAUCUGUGAUUUUAUGAGUGCCUUGUAAAUAAAUGUGGGAAUUGAAGUGUAUAGACCGAAGAACCGUUGACAUCUGUGUGAGGGAUGGAUAUUUAAGUUGUUUGUACAUUUAUAUUUAUAGUGAUGGGUUUGAAAGUGACAAUCAAGGGAAAAAAAAAAAUAUGUGAGCUGUAUGUGUUUGAGACAGAAUUAUUUUAUUUUUUUAUUUUUUAUAAAAUAAAAAAAAUGUUCCCCUUGAUUUGGCCCUACACCACAUUUUUAGAUUUGUAAUUGAAUACUUGUGGUCAUUGUGCACAUUCUCAGUGGUUUUUUUUACACUUGUAGAAAUUACAGUACUUUAUACAUAGCCCCCGUCCAUUCCAGGGCACCAUAAUGUUUUGGGGCAUAUUAAUGUAAUGUGGCUUCCUUGACUUUCUUUGGUACAAUUCCGGUCCUCGUGUUGACAAAUGCCAAUAACAGGCACCGAAGUGUAGAAUCAAGACUAGAUAUUGAAAGCUGUUCAAUAACUGCACUACGGAUACGAUUGAACCCACCGGACUGAUCCGCAUGUGAAGCCAACAUUACGGUGCCCUGAAAUGCGGGAUUAUGUAUAAAAAGUCCUGAAAUGAAAUGGUUCAACCAAGCUAUAUAAUUAUACCCUUUCAUAAAAGUUGAGAAUCUGCACUUUAACCACAUUUGAAUGAUUUAAUUUCAAAUAUAAAAUUGUGAAGUACAGAGCCAAAGAAGGAAAAAAGUUCUUUGUCCUAAACAUUAUGGAGCUCACUGCUAAACAGCACAGUGUAUGACUGUCUGAUCAAGUACUAAUUUAUUACUAAAAGCCAACUUUGUAGUAUGAAGUCAUCCUGGGUAUCGCUGACUGGGACUCAUAAUCUGGCAUUUAUGAUUGAUGUGGUAUAUAAAUGGAGUGGAGGUUUCACAUAAUGGUAAAUUAUUCAUAAAAAAUAAAACUCAUAGAAGAAAUGCAGAAACAUUUGACAGGUUAUUGGAAUAAUAGACUUGUAUGAAAAAGAGAAUUUUUGCUGGAUGGCAAUCAUGAUUUUCUUUUUGCUCUGAGGGAUUUGGGGAGUUAUUUUUGUAUGUUUGUGUAAAAUUCAUUUAAAAAAAGAAAAGAAAAAAAAGAAUUCAUUUUAAAGCAGAAAUGAUUUUGUUCCAAGAUCGUAGGAAGAUUUUGUGGUGGCAUUCUGUCCGAUCAUGAUCACUUUCUUACCUUCAAUGAUUGUUUUAAAAAAAUACAUUUUAACCUAGCUAUAUGAGUGUUAGAAUAUAGUUUAAUUUUACAUGUUCUUUUGCAAAUGAAGAACAAACCAUUUUUUAUAUUGGACCAAAAAUAUUGAAUUGUGGAUGACCCUGUUUGUAAGCUUUCUAAUAAUAAGACAGGCAGACUUAUGUUUAUUUCUGAAGAAGAUCUGUGUCCUAAGUUAUCUCAAUAUAUCAAUAUUGGUAACUUUGAGGGCCCCUGUCACAUGAAUGGCUGGUCAUUCUGGUUAAUCAGACAAAAUAAAAAUAAAAACUGUUAAUCUAAAAGGGUGAGGUCAGAAAGUGAUUGAUUUCUGACAGAAUGUUCCAGUGUCAAAAAUGCAGGUCACCUUUAUUUCUGUUGCUGAAAUGUCCAGACUUGGCUUUACUGCUCUGCCGUGCUUUGUAAAUCGUGUUUUAAUCUGUAUGUACUAUAUGACCGCAUAACUUCAUUUUGCAAUUGCAUAGUCCUUCUGAUUAUUAGUAUUGUGUAUAAUGCCAAGGAAAUGUGAUGGACUGCGAAUAGAAGUGCUUAUUACAGCAGUGCUGGCCAACACUGGUAUCAAUAUCAUCUGUCCAAGAUUUCUGUUAUUGUUUUGUGUCAUCAUUGUAAACACCCUCUGGUGGUUGAAGAUAGUCUUGGUCUGGGCUGUUCAUUUAUGAUGAGUGAAUGCUGUUGAAGUGUUUUCAGUGUUGCAGCCAGAUACAGUGACGUCCGUGAGACUUCACCAUCUGCCCUUCAUAUUGAAAAUGAAAUUCAGUAUGAACUUUAAUGUGUGCUGAAAUACAUCACUUGAUUGUAUCUGACUCAGAAUAUAUACUGGGUCUGUCUCAUAAAUAUUCAUGAACACAGAGGCAUACAGCAGUCUUCCCUGCAACUCUGGAGAACAGACCAACAUAAUUGAAUUGUGUAUCACUUAUAUUGGCAGAAUCAGGAAUAAACUACUCCAUGCGAUUAAAAGUGACCAUAAAAGUCACAGGUGACACUACCAUAUGAUGUACAGAUUCAGGUGUAGAUCAGCUGGAAUGGGAGUCACAGAGAGCAAGUGAAAGCUGUGAAUCUCACUCUUUGAGGGUGCAACUUUCUGAGAAGCAUACACGCUAACCUGGCUUCUUUGUGCUCUACUAGAGUGUGAUGGUGAUAAAGAACUUACUGGGCAUAUAAGUCUGAUGCAAUGUAAUCUGGGACCUUAUUUACAAUACAACAUUUUAAAUUUAGGGGCCCAUGCUUAAAAUAUCAUUUUUAUAUAAUAUACACUGUAACUGCUAUAUCAAUGUCAGUGGUGUACAUUUUUGUUGUUUGUAAUCAUUAAUCUUUUUAAUAAUUUUCCAAGUGCCUUUAACGUCAUACUAGCAAUAAAAUUAUGUGUGGUUUA